UAUUCAAUUUUAAAGAAUAAUAAUAUUUUAUUUCCAUCAUUUUUAAUUGCUUAAAACUGUUUUAAUUUUAAACGGAGUUCCGAUUUACAGUACUAAAACAUCGUCUAAAGAUGAAAUCCUCUGUUCCCAGGCAUCGAAGGUGCGAAUUGGCGUGGAAACGCGCGAGAUUGGCUUUAUCCGCUCUCGAUAAGGGUGCGGCGCACGCGCGACGAAGGAGUCUCCGAGAGGUUUCCGCGGAUUCAACGUAACGUGGCGCUGCGUCACGUCGUUGGCCAUCGUGCGCCAUCUUGUAAGAGCUGCCUGCCCCCGUAGUGUUUGGAGGUUUACAGCGAGACGGGACGGCAGCAGCUACUCCGCCGGAGGCUGGAAGUGCUGCUGAAGUGGUCGGUGCUUACGGUCCCUCGGUUGGCAGUCCCUGGGUCUGGUCCAGGUGACUGUCGCGCGUGGCCAGGGUACCAUCGAGCCGCUGGGACAGCCGCCAGCGGAUCCUCCAGCGCGCCCGAAUCCGUCGAAAGAUGAGCUCGGCUUCGACCGGUGGUACGGAGGGGUCUAGUCCUGCCUCUAGCCCUGCCUCGGCCGCGAGUCUUACGAUGGCUGCGCCGAAAUACGGUACGCUGGUACCGAACCGUAUUUUCGUAGGCGGCAUCUCGGCCAGCACCAGCGAAGCGGAGCUAGCUCAGGUUUUCUCGGCCUACGGCAAUGUCAAGGCCACGAAAAUCAUAUCGGACCGCGCCGGCGUGUCGAAGGGCUACGGCUUCGUCACCUUCGAAACGGAGGAGGAGGCCAAGCGGCUUCAACAAGAGGCUGAUUGUAUUGUCUUGAGAGAGAGGAAGCUCAACAUAGCGCCCGCGAUCAAGAAGCAGCCCUUCUCCAGAUCCUUUGAUGGUAGUACCGGUUCGCCUCCUUCCGUGCCUACAAGUACUUACUACUAUGCCGCCACGAACGGUAUGAGUCUACCUUAUCAGAAUGGCAUGACAUUCUAUAACACGGCAGCUGCCGCACCAGCGACUUCCAUCGCUCCUACGGAUCCAGGAACGAUUUAUCAAGCCACAGGAGUGUUUCCGCCUCAAGCCGCCACCGGACAUCAAACGUUCGCUCCUGUGAUGUAUCCCUGUCCGACCCCAUCGCUGUAUAUGCCACCACAAUACCAGUUUUCUCCUAUGCCGUACGAAUCGUACUACGCAGGAGCGGCCGCCGGAGCACCUCAGUACUUGUAUGCCACCGGCAGCUCGCCAAGCAACACGAACGGUGGUGGAGGUGGUAACAGUUCCGGCAGCAGCGGCACUAACGGUACAGGAGCUACCAGCCCGCCGACUGCGGGCCCACCACCACCUCUCCCACCACCGCAUCCAACGCACUUUUACGCUCCUGCCGCGCCGGCCGCGCAUCAUCAUCCACCUGUACCAACAGGCCCUCCUCCGCCAGCGCAGGUAGAUCAUCUGUACUAUCCUUUUCCAACCGGCCCGCAUCCCGCGCCUCCGCCGCACGCGGCGCCUAUGACCGAGCAGCUGUUGCUGUACGCUACGGAUGCCACUUCGUGCCAGCAGACCUCCGCGUCUGACGGUCAGGCUGCUCCGCAGGAGGAUUCACGUCCGACGCCAAGCCACUCGGAGCAAUCGCACAACGAGGUGCAACAGGCUGCUUCAGGCACCUCACCGGCAACACCGCUGCUGCCCACCUUAAUGCCCGUCAAAUUCCCCGUGUCCGGUCGUUAUCACACUAAUUACCAUUCGAUCGCGAUUACACACGCCCCCGUGCCGCCACAUAGCGCGCAAAAUGCGGACAGCAGCGAGGACUGUGUCGCUAGUCCGAUGCAUUGUCGUAUCAUCUAUCCGACCGUGUACAUUCCGCACACGCAUCCGCCGCCGCCUCCGUACACGCAUCAUAACGCGUCCGGUACUGCUAGUCUCCUGCCAACACCGUUCUCGGCCUCGCCGCAUCAGUCUGGUUACGACAACAACAGUAACGCAAAGACGUACGGUCACAAUUCCCGAGACUGCAACAAGUACGCGGGUGGUCACGGGGGUAACAGUUUACGCGGGGGUCAGGGGGGUCAGAAUCACGGCUACCCGUUGGCACACCAUCAUAACACGUACGCUAAGAACACGCAGAACACGCAUGGCGGUUCGCAGUCAUACAACAACAGCAAGUGUAGCGGAAACGCGAUGCAAGACGGCUCGCACAAAUAUAAUACACCGACGAUAGCGGUGUCGUCGCGAUUACCGGUACAGUACAAUAGGAGAACGGCUGGAUCGAACGUGGGCUCGUCGGCGGUUCUCAGGUCCUCCGGCGGUGGCUACGCCUCGAAUCAGGCUGCGCACAAAGUCAAUCACACCACGGCGUACGCGACAAAUGGACGCGCGAGGCACUGCGGCGACGAUCAGUAUUACGAGAUUAACAACAAACCGAUGGGCGGUGGUUACGGAUCGGGUCGUAAGAACUACCUUUCGAGUAACAACAAUAACAACAACAACAACCACCACCACCACCACCACAGAGGAGGCGCCGCACGGUUGGAUGUACACGGAAACGACAACAAUCGGCCUAAUAGCGACACGGCUCAGGUGGACAGUGCCGCCGUCGUCGUCACGAGUACGUCCUCGACGACGCUGUCCUCUCGCCUGUCCUCACCAUGCGAGCGGAUUAACGCGGACGCGUCUAACGCUCAGGAGAAGCCGGCGAGCCCACCGCCAGCCCCGUACUCACCCAUGACACGGCCUCUUCCAACUCUCUCCCCGCCCACUUCCCAGGUCCAGUUUUACGCUCCGGCUCAGAAUCGUUAUCAGCCAUCCUCCAUGCCUCUGUCCCAAGCCACACAACAGCAGCAGCAGUCCGCCAGUAAUCAGCGCAGCCGGUACUCCGUCGGCCAAGCGCUGUCGUCCGCCAAUCGGAAGCCGUCCGACAAGUAUUCAAGCACUACCUCCGGUUCGCAGACGACGAUGUUGCGGCAGUCCAAGUACAAGGUGAACGGUAUAAUGCAGGCGACGGCAGCUACGACGGUAGCGGGCAAACUCGCCGAUGCCGAUAGUCUGGGAGGCGCCGGUGACGGUCCUGGCAGGCUACCGAUUACGCCACCUGGUACACCGCGGACAGCCGGCCAUCCGGCAGCUGGCGAUCAGAAUCAACUGAGCGACACGUGCCAUCAGAUGCAGGCGCUGACUUUGUAGACGCUUCCUACCCUCUUUUUUUCUUUGUUCUCUUUGCCCUCUUUGUUGUCUUCGCGUAAUAAGAGUAAAUAUUUAUCUUGUAUAAGAGUCGAGAGAGAUGACUACGCGCGACCUAAGAUAAACGGCUGCAGACUGUGAAGAACACAGUGCAGAAAUCGAGACAUAUACGCAACACCUACAUAUAAACUCAUAUAUAUAUAUACACACACACACACACACACAAUAUAUAUAUAUGUACACGUACAUUUACACGCUACAGUAUAAUUUCUCUAGUGAUCUCAGACUCGACAUGCUCUAAAGACAUUCUAUAGAAACAAAAUCUUUCCCGGUUUUGCGAUCGCCAUGGUUUGUUGAUUGAUUUGAGUGGGAUCCAAAUGAAGGAUCAUCAUAUGAGCAUGUAUGCAAAGAGCGAUUAUAUUAUUAAUUAUUUGUGUGGAAAGAGGGAAAGAAAGAAGCAGAUGCAUCUAAGAAGAGACUAACUGUUCUUGAUAUAUUUGCCUUUUUCCGUACUGUAGCAAAGAGUUAACAAAGAUAAAACUUUUAUCUUGACGCAUAUACACGAGAAACACACACACACACACACACACAUAUAAGUACGAUACGUCAUUUACACAUAUAUAUAUAUAUCUACGUUAUAUAAUAUACAUAUAUAUAUAUAUAUCUAUUACAGUAUAUCCGAUGUUAUAUGCGUGAUAGGCUCGACAAACCAUGAAUCUCGCGAGCAAGGCUAGAUUAGUUAGCAAAAGAUAGAACGAGAGAAAAAAAGGAGAUGAAAAUAACAUUGUUAUCGUACAAAGACGAUGUGUUGUCAUGUGUUCAAAAACAAAAAAAAGAUGAAAAACAAAGCAGAAGGGUAACAGGGAGGCGAGAUAGGGUUGAUUUCAUAAACGGUUGCUCAAGGCACUGCCACAUCUCCAUGAUUUUUCGUUUUCCAUUCCUGUGGAACCAUAACACGGGAAUUAUCCGUACUUAUAGUUUCUCUCUCUCGUUAGAGUAACCGUGAAUCUAAUAUUUCAUCACGUGUUUCGAACGUAGAACGGACUAAACAACCCAGUUUCCGUUAUAUCUUUCGUUGACAAAUUUCUGCGCUAAACGUUAUACACAUGUUAUAACUGUUAAAUACUGAGGGAAAAAAAACCGAGACCCAUAUAAGAUGAGACGCCCCGUAUACCCAAGUGAAAAAAUAAGAUAAGAUAUUAAAAGAAGAGAGAAAUAAUAAUAAUGAAUUAAAAAAAAUGUGUCGGCUGUGAGCUUCCAAGCAAAUAACAAUAAUUAAAUUAUUAUAAUAUUAAAGGUUAAAUAAUAUUACCUAAUUGUUACGAAGGUGGAUUUCUUUUACCUGUAAAUGUGAAACAAAUUUGUUAUCUCGUAUCUCGCAUACCGUAGCUAUGAUUGUCCAUUCAAGAGAAAAAGAGAGAAAGAAAGAGAGACAGAACGAAAGAUAAAGAGAAAAAGUAAGAAAGACAAAUGAGAUUUGUAGCGCCGUCAUGUGAAUGUUGUGGCGCGUGUUACCUGAGGAUUACGACGACAUCCGAACGUCGGCACGUAGCUAAUUGUAAGAUGCGAACGCGACAGACAAGGCCUAGGAGAAGGUGUUAGAGAUAAUAUCCGAGAAUGAGUUGUUAUAACACAAGGAGAUUAAUUUAUUGAAGAGAAAUAAAAGAAGAAAAGCAAGAGUGCCUUCUAUUUGUUUUCGUGAUUGUAUUGUUGAACAUUUGUUGCGUUACGUUCUCCGAGAGCCUCUAAUGUUGUUAUAAGAAAAAAAGAGAUGUUUGACGAAUGUUGUUCCUCUAUUUAUUUAUUGAUUUAUGGGCACGUGUGAUGCUAGUACGCCCAACUGUAGCCCCAGCGAUUCAGAAGUGUGAGAGUAUGAUGAUGCUGUUGUAAGCGGGUCCGGCGAGUAAAUUGUAUAACGAAACAGCGAACGGUGAAGAUACCGGCGAAACGGAGUCAUGUCGAUGACAGAGAUGUUACGGAGGGAGCGGAGGAAUGAGUUGAACAAGUGUUGCGAAUGUGAGUUGUGUGAAUGAAUGUUGCAGGGAGAUACAAAGAAAGAGAGAGAGAAAACGAGAGAAUGCAGCUUAUUAUGGCACCUAGUAUUACGUAUAGCCAGAGUGCGAGAGAAGACAUCCUCACAUAUGUAGCAAUAUGUGUAUAUGUACGUAUCCAUCCACGUGUGAGAGCAUACGCAUGUACCGAUAUGUACAUAUGCACAUGAUAUAUAUAUCGGAGCGAAAUGAUACAAUAUAUACCGAAGAAAUCUAGGAUGUAAAUGCGAAAGAGAUGAGUUGUUUAGUCGUGUGUAUUUGUGCUCGCGCGCGAAUUUGGUUAGGUGGCUGUGAUUUAUUGCGUGCAAGUACAGAUUUAUAUGUGAACAGUGUGACUCGUGUAUCUAUUCACACAGGCAACACGCAUAUUUUAUAUAUAUAUAUAUAUAUAUAUAUAUAUACAAAUACAUACAUGUAUAUAUAUAUGAAAUACGCGUAUCUAUUUAAUAGAAAGAACGAUAGAUUAUUUAAGAAAAAGUGCAAUUCUAUGUUGACUUUGGUACAACAAAGCUAACAAAUCGAACGAAUAUUGUUAGAUUAAAAAUGAGUAUUAAAAAAACCAUGUACUAAAUUUAACGUAGAAUGGUGCUGUAUAUUUGAUUGGAGAAAAUAUGAUAAAAUAUAUUACACAAAAUAUAUUAUAGUUUUAAUCUAAAGAAAAGAUUAAGGAAAAAACAGAGGAGUCUAAGAUAGACAUCAGAGUUAUGUGUAGUAAAAAAAAAAAAAAGAGUAUAGGAUCUACGAAUGUAUCAUACGCAGCAAAAAGAGUGCAUCGUGGAAUUUCGUCCUGGCUUCUGGACCGCACGCAUCCGCAAAAAUCAGCGUGCGGUAGGUGACAUUGAUAAAUGCGAGCUUUCGAGACAAUCUGUAUUAAUUUGUUAUCUCGCAGUAUAUAGAGCUACGUUGCUCCGCAGUUGAAUACCGUAACUUAGUGCAGGGUAUUAAACAUGAAAACAAGAUUAUUUGCACAUUGAUUAUACAUUGGAUGAUAACAAGUAUUUGUUAAUGUUUAUUUACCGCGGACGACAUAAUUUUACAGAUGCUUGCCGCUUAUUUGAUGAAAGCGAUGCUGAAUUAUUUCUUAGAUUCGCGCACUAUCGCCAAAUACAUUGAUGCGCAAUGUAUCCAUCGUGGAAUUAUAAUUUGAUAUAACUGCGUGUAGAUAAAUAGAAUCGAUAAUUUGUUCAUUUUACACGAAAAAAAA